GUGCGGACCAGAGCGGUCAAGUUGUUACAAUGGCUUUGUUGAAUAUGAAUUUUUGAAAAUAAGCAGCACUUUCAAUGGAAGCUGAGCCAGUGACCAAACCCUAUAGAAAAGGGGUUGUUCACUCCUUUGACUCGUACAACUGGCUGAUCCACCUCAUGUACGCCCGAAAAGAGUCGCAACAAUGCAAAGUGCUCAUCGGCAAACAGUUACUUGCAUCGAGAGGAAUGGCUUAUUUUCCGAAUAUGAUGCAGGGAAUCAUACUUCGGCAAGAAGGCAAAAUGCAAGAAUCACUUGACUUCUUUCAAGCUUGUCAAAUUUUUAAUCCAGGACAUUUGGAGAAUUUAAAACAAAUCGCUAAAUCUUGGCUACUUGCCGGCAGGCAUGACGCUGCUCUAGAAACAUACGUUGAUAUUGAACAGGCUCUACAAAAAGCAGACUGGGAAAUUUAUCACAAUAUUGGCGUGUGUCUUUUUUAUAUGAAGCAAUACGCUAAGGCAAAGGAGUACCUGAAAAAGGCAAUUGAAGUGGGCAACCAGAGCGAAUCUUAUCUGGUACUGAAGAAUAUAUAUUUGAUGGAAAACGACUUAGACGCCGCUCUUCAGCUAUUUUCAGCAGCAGAAAAGUCUAAUUCGGAUGCUGGCUCAGGGUUGACCUUGAGUCUGGGGUUAUUGCUUGCAAAAGCAAGGCAGAGCAACGCGGCUUUGGAAAAGUUGAGUCUGGAAACAAAAAACGGCGCCGCUCUUUUGGCCGCUGGAUGCAUUUUGCAAGAGAGAAAUGACGUCUCCGGUGCUAUGGCAAGGUACAAAGUGGCCGCGAACCUUAUGCCUGAGUCGGCCGCUCUAUGGAAUAAUGUUGGAAUGUGCUUUCUAAAAAGGCAAAAAUAUGUCGCUGCUGUGUGCUGUUUGAAACGAGCUAACUAUCUGGCGCCAUUCGACAACAAAAUUCUCUACAACCUCGGUCUUAUUCAUCUCGUAAUGCAACAAUACGCUUCCUCUUUCCACUUCUUGUCAGCCUGGGUGCACCAAUCGCCUUAUCGAGGAAAAACUUUCAUGCUUUUGGCAGUGGUUCUUUGGCACCUGGGAGCUGUGGAGGCGGCCAAAAUUUUGUUCGAACAGGCGGCACGGAUUGAAACGACAGAUCCUCUUGUGGUUCUGAAUCUUGCAAUCUUCGUUCACAACACAACAAAAGAUGGCGAAAUUAUUUCAGCAAAUCUGAGAGAAUUCCAAGAGAGGAUGCAAAACUUGCAAGGGACAGUUAAGGAUGACGAGCUUCUUCGAGCAGCUCAUUUUCUGUCAGAGAGGCAGCCAGAGAGUAAAAUUUUGGAGCAAGAGAUGAUAAUUUGAAAUUUUCAACAUAAGUAGCAAAACUUUAACACUAUUAUCAACAUAGAGAGUUUAAAAAAAAAUUGUGUUGUUCUGAGAUGUUGGUUUUCCGAAAAUACUAAAAACGA